GCGCGUCACUUCAUUUCCGAUUGCUCUUUUGCGUAUAGAAGACAAGGUUGCAAAAUAUUUUAGCUUCUUUUGGUCGGCUGCGAAUACCACAACCAACGGGAAAGAUGUCUUCGGCUUUAGACAGCUCGAGCGAAACUGGUCGCAGAAGGAGAUAUCGCGAUCGGGUUGCGGACCAAGAAACGUCUGAGGAAAUGGACGAGGCAGCCAAGCGAAGGGAACAAAGGAGGAAAGAGCGUGAAGCACGGCGUGCUGAAAGGGAUGCAGAAGAUGCAGCUGAUGAGGAAAGGAGAAAGAAGGAGAGAGAAGAGCGACGCAAGAAGAGAGACGGUGGAGGUGGAAGAGAUGAACCUGCUGAAGAAAGUGCAUCAGCACGCCGCCGCCGUGAGAGAGAGGAGGAAGAGAAGAGAAAGGCUGAGGAGGAAGCAGCAGAGAAAAGGCGCAAAGAAGAAGAAAGGCAAAGAGAGGAGGAAAGGCGAAAACAGGAGGAAAGGCGAAGACGUGAAGAAGAAGAGGAAGAGGAGAGAAGGAGAAUGGAAGAAGAGAAAAACCGACUCAAUCAAGAUCAUGUUGAUGGAGAUGAACAGGAUGAAGAAGAGGAAGAGGAAGAGGAGGAAGAUGAAGAAGAAGAAACAAUCAUUGACCGACUGAAUCCCCAGAAAAAGCAGGCAAUUCUUGAGGGACUGGCUAAUGAACUGCGCCGCAUUGUUGAAGAGCGGGAAGCUAAGAAUGAACCUGCUAGCAAAGAAGAACUAGAUGCACUUGACCUUAAACUGCGCUCCCUUCGAACACAACUCCGAAAGGCUGAGGAGAAUUCUAAUGCUCUUGCCAAACAAAAGAGAGAAUUAGAAGAAAAAAUGAAGAAAAACACUAAUGAUAUCAAUAGGCUUCGUACGGAGGUGAAGAAAACAGAAGAUGAAAAUAAUCUCUUAAUUAAAGAGGGAAAGAAGGUGGCACCGCAAAGAACAGCUAAGAAGACUCUUCCACCAAAGAAAGGAAACUUUGUAAACGUGGUGCGUAAAGCUCAAGCUGCGGCGUGGGAAGAGAAGUUCAUGGCCAUGAAGGCCAAGCAAAAGGAGUCUAAUAAGAUGAGCGAGGAACUCAUGAGUAAAAUGAACCGUGUCAAGCGCACAGACAGCCCUCUGCUCACUGGCCUUAAAAAGGACAAGAAAGACAAAAAGAAGGAAGAGAAGGAGGCUGCGCCCGCCUGGGCAAAGACCCAACUGAAGAAGGGAGGUAACAAGCCAUGGGGUGACGAUAAGAAGAAGGACGGAGAGAAGAAACCCGACUGGUCAGGAAGGGUGGCUCUCAAGAAGACAGAGAAGAAAGACGGAGGGGAUCUUGGCGAGUCUAAGAGGCAGGACUGGCGAGAUGGACUGAAGAAGGCCCCGAAAAGUCCUGGUGUAGACGGAGAAGCGGGUGAUCCAGAGUGGAAAGGCGUCAGUUUGAAAACCACCGGAAGGCACGAUGAAGAUGAUUAAACUUCAACUGGUCUAGGGUAGUUUUUUACUUAAACUUGAUUAAUGUAAGCAAUUUUGUUCUAAAAGCCAGGUUUUUAGGCUCUUUUUUGGAAUUUUUUUUUCUAAGCCCGUGGAAUCUUUUCAUUGUAAAGAUGUUAUAGUUGAGCCGGACCUUUAGAAGAAACCUCAAAAUAAGUGCAGGAGUGCAACUAAUUUUAUUUGAUGUUAUGUGAAAACCCUCAUACCUCCAUAAAACUCUCCAGGCUCCUCCUCCACCUUGUGCAGAGCUGAGACAUUUCUGAGAGACUAGGGUUGGGACAGUCAGAAAAGCUCCUUUUUCGUCAAGAAUUUGAAUUGGUUAGGUUCUAGAGUCUGCCCUUUUGAUCAAGGUGUCAUUGGCAAUUAGACAGAAAACUGCCGAUCUUGGUGAAACUGUAAUGAGUCCUACUUUCAACCGUAAGCUUUCCUACACUUGCUUCCAAUCAUUUCUCAAAUUAAAUGGUCUCUAAUCGAGCGCUGAUUUCUCCCAGGCCUCUAUGCCUCUUCUUAUUGGAAUAAUGUGGAGAGAAAUAACUUCUAGAAUAGUUAGAAAGUAAAGCAAGAUCUGAACUUUAUGGAGAAAAAAGGGUUUGAAUCAUUCUUUCAGCUUCCUUAAUUAAGAAAAGUAUCAUUGUAUUGUUAUUAAAUCCAACUCAGAAUCGAUAGUUGCUCGAUUGAUUACUACCAGGAAGAGGGCGAAAGGAAGAUGAAAUUAUAAAAUGCCACUGAAAAUGCUACUCUAAAAGUUAUGACCUGAGUUGUCUUAGAUUGGUUAAUCAACUAUGUGUUUUCUAUGUGGUUAGUUUGUUUGAAACAAACAUCAUGAGAAAGUUUUAAAGUGUACUGUAUCUUGUAAUCGGGCUGUAUUUUAUAACAGAAUCGUCGCCUUUGUAUGGCAUUUAUUUUUUCUCUAAUUCAAUAAAGUUGUUUUUUCUAGUAAUUCA